ACACACACACACAGUACGUCACCUGUCUCACACCUGUAGGUACCACAGACACACACACACACAGUACGUCACCUGUCUCACACCUGCAGGUACCACACACACAGUACGUCACCUGUCUCACACCUGCAGGUACCACACACACACACACACACACAGUACGUCACCUGUCUCACACAUGCAGGUACCACACACACACACAGUACGUCACCUGUCUCACAUGCAGGUAACACACACACAGUACAUCACCUGUCUCACACCUGCAGGUAACACACACACACACACAGUACGUCACCUGUCUCACACCUGCAGGUACCACACACACACACACAGUACGUCACCUGUCUCACACCUGCAGGUAACACACACAGACACACACAGUACGUCACCUGUCUCACACCUGCAGGUACCACACACACACACACACAGACAGUACAUCACCUGUCUCACACCUGCAGGUACCCCACACACACACACACACACAGUACGUUACCUGUCUCACACCUGCAGGUACCACACACACACACAGUACGUCACCUGUCUCACACCUGUAGGUACCACACACACAGUACGUCACCUGUCUCACACCUGCAGGUACCACACACACACACACACAGUACGUCACCUGUCUCACACCUGCAGGUACCACACACACACACAGUACGUCACCUGUCUCACACCUGCAGGUACCCCACACACACACACACAGUAUGUCACCUGUCUCACACCUGUAGGUAACCCACACACACACACACAGUACGUCACCUGUCUCACACCUGUAGGUACCACACACACAGUACGUCACCUGUCUCACACCUGCAGGUACCACACACACACAGUACGUCACCUGUCUCACACCUGCAGGUACCACACACACACACACAGUACGUCACCUGUCUCACACCUGCAGGUACCCCACACACACACACACACAGUACGUCACCUGUCUCACACCUGCAGGUACCCCACACACACACAGUACGUCACCUGUCUCACACCUGUAGGUACCACACACACACACAGUACAUCACCUGUCUCACACCUGCAGGUACCCCACACACACACAGUAUGUCACCUGUCUCACACCUGUAGGUACCCCACACACACACAGUAUGUCACCUGUCUCACACCUGUAGGUACCACACACACACACACACAGUACGUCACCUGUCUCACACCUGCAGGUACCCCACACACACACAGUACGUCACCUGUCUCACACCUGUAGGUACCACAUUUCCUGAUUUGGCUCUUUCACAAUAAAAGCGUUUCCACAACAUAAAACCUUUUUAUAGGGAAGUUAACUCAGAGCCUCAGCACGCUCAGCAGGUAACGGGGAGUUAAGUCCUUCCAGCACAUAGCCUGUGUCAAAGCCGAAUAUAUAAAUGUUUAACUGGCGAGGAAGUUAGUCCCCUAGGAACACGUGAUCGCGGUGACAUCAUCACGUGGUGAAUCCUCCUGGGUACUUCCUGCUGA